UAGUGUUAUAGGAUAGGUGCGUUAGAACGCGCGUGUGUUAGGAGACUUAGCACGUAUUGAUAUCUGUAAUUGUGAUGGAUGAAUCGUGAUGGCGCCGGUUAAUUCCGUAGAUUUGAAAUAUAGGGCAGUGGAAGACUCUCCGGCCCUUCACACAGUUUGCUCGCUUAUGGUGUCCUAAAGUCCUUCUGUGUUAGGGAGACUCGUCAUAGUGUCCAUCUGAGAAGGAAAUUUAGGAACAUCUGUAGAAAAGAGCGCCUUACUAAAAUCGCCAUGGAGACUCGUGGGGCGAAUUGUGUCCGAAUCAUCGUCUUCCUCCUUAUGUUUUCUUCAUCGUCCGGGUUUUACCUCAUUACUGAUUACUACAUGGAUCCUGAUUUGGGAAGUUCUUUUGGGGGAGUCUGCAAUAAGAGAGUGGAAGAUGCUUGUGCUUUUCUAAACAGCCACUUAGACCCAUUCAGUCUAGCAGAUUACAGCAAUAAUAUCGAUUGCACGAUGGUGUUCGAUGCUGGCAAAAUGGCUGGCGCCAAAUUUAAAUUUGAUUGGCUGUACUUCAAUCUGGAACCUGGGGAUUGCUCCAAAGACUACUUGGCAAUCUACGAUGCAGACAUGUCGGCCAUUGCACCAUCAAACCUUGUAGGAAAAUUCUGUGGUUUACAUGGUGUUAGCUUUAAUGGAACUCCGACGGAUCGCUACAUGACAUUUGUGUUUCACACCGAUGGAUCUGGGAAAAGAAGUGGUUUCCGACUGAAGGCAACUCGUUAUGAACCCUCUCCUUGUCAGUCAGAAGAGUUCUUUUGUAACGACACAAUAGCUAACAACAUUUGUAUCGACGAACGUCUGGUCUGUGACGGAACACAACAUUGCAGCGAUAACUCGGACGAACUCAACUGUUCCUUUAUGGACGAGCUCUUGGGGUCGUUCUUCGCACUAGGACUGGGAGGAAUGGUGAUGUGUGGAAUUGCUUGUAUCGGAGGUUGUGUGGGAUUAUGGACAGUGGUGGGGGCUCUGACAUGCUGCAAAAAAUGCUGCGUCAAAUGCUGCUGCUGCUGGCCAUGCUGCAAGAAGUGCAAAGGCGGCGCUGGAAAUUCUAAAGUUGAGCCCGGUACAGAAAUGGACGAUCAUGACCCUGACUUUUCACCCCCGCCCACAUACCGAGAAACGACCAAGUUAGAGGAGGAUAUAGAAUGGGAUGACGUGGAGGACGACGUCCAGCACGAGAAAGCUGCCGGAAUAGGUAGUCAGGGCGCCAAAAAUAACUUAGCCGAUGUGGAAUGAUCAAGUCCAAUUGUCUAUGAACCUGGGAGUUGAAUGUGCUCACAAAUCUUUUCAAAUUCAUCCAUAAUCGCAUACUGUGGACACGGUUUUCAACAGUAUCACGUCUAUUAUUUCAUUAAAGUUUAUUUUCAUUGUAGUUAUUUCAAUGCAAGUAUGGGAGCGUUGAUCGUUCCUUGGUAUAACAAUUUUGGGAAAAAGGUGCUCAUAAUCUGUCGCAUAGAAUACUUGAGUGGCACGCAAUGGGCUUACCAUGUAAACUGGUAUGCCGUAAGUGUAUCCUAGAAUAUAAAAUAAUGACAAGUUCACCCUACGGGAUUACACUGAAAUUAUAGCCACACACAAAAAAAAAAAAACCCCAAAAACAAAAACAACCCAGACAAGUGAAGAAACUACAUGUAGUAUGCAUUAUUUCUAUGUGUUCUAGUGUAAAAGCGAACUAUGUGUUUUUGAAAUUAUAAAAAUAUUUAUCUACGCUGAAAAUAGCAACUGAGUUGCAUUGAAAAUGAACUCGCUUCUUGAUCUAUGUGGUUUGUUUUUGGUACUUGUUAUUCAUGUAAUGAAGUAAACAUUUCGGAACCCUUCGUUCCAUGUUGUUGGUUAUGGGAUUAUACAUCUUUGUUUUCCUUUAUUUAUUAAAUUAUUUAUUUUACUGAUAGUUGUCAUGUGUAUAGGUGCCAAAUUGUUAAGCGUAUUUCUUUUGCCAAUAAAAUCAUUGUCCUUACAUAACACAAAUAAGUUUCUUGUUAUUUUU